AUGGCUGCACCGCUAAAUCGCAUUAUCAUCGAUACUGAUCCAGGUGUCGAUGAUAUUCUGGCUAUCUUGCUAGCUUUGGCUGCAAAGCCAGAGGAGCUAGAAAUUCUUCUGCUUUCCGUUACUUAUGGGAACGUGGAAGCUGAUAAGUGCCUGAAGAACGUGAUUACGCUCUUCCAUAUCAUUGAAAAGGAGAUAGAAUGGAGAAAGUCCCGUGGUCAACUUGAAGGCUUUGGGGCAAUGCUUAGCUCUAAGCCUUUGGUCGCUGUUGGAGCAACUCAUCCGUUGGAAGAUGAAAUGCUCAUGGCAGAUUAUUUCCACGGAAUAGAUGGUCUUGCUGGUACUCACACUUCUCAUCCCCACCUAACUCCUGCAGAUGCUUGGAAGCAUUUGUUCGAGGGCGAGUCCGAAGAGUCUAUUGUCUCUUCCAAAUCUUUCCGAGCAUCUAAAGCUCCGGCUCACCAAGAGAUUCUCCGUUUGCUUCGGGAGAACCCUCCUGAUACAAUCACCAUUGUAGCAGUUGGCCCUCUUACGAACUUGGCACUCGCAGCGGCAGAGGACCCAGAGACCUUCUUAAAAGUUAAAGAAGUCUGUGUGAUGGGCGGCGCUAUUGAUGUUGAAGGCAAUAUCACUCCAGUAGCUGAGUUCAACACAUAUGCUGAUGCUGUCGCAACUGCUCGCGUUUUCGCUCUGACCUCUCCAACACCCUCUUCAACGAUGCCACCGCCGCCGUUGAAGAUGUCCAGUCUACCAACUUAUCCAAAGAAAUUAUCUAGGACGUUGAACCUCACCUUAUUUCCACUGGAUGUCACAUCUCCACACCUUCUUCGCAGGCUUGAAUUCAAGCAAAAAGUCGAUCCAUUGAUCGAGGCUGGCAGUCCAUUAGCGCAGUGGACCUCGGUGUUCGUACUUAAGACUCUGGAGAAGAUAGAGUCUCUGACAAGGAAGCAAGAGAACCCUGGCCUUGAACUUCAUGAUCCUUUGUGCAUAUGGUAUAUGUUGACCAGAAACGCACCUCAAUGGAUGCUUGCACCAAAGGCUCCAGAGGACAUUCGAGUCGAGACCGCUGGCCAAUGGACAAGGGGAAUGCAUGUUGUUGACAGAAGACAGCGCAAAAAGGCUGGAAGGCCCGAGGAGCAAGUGAAAAGCCCUGGCGCUGUCGAUAUCGUUAACCCGAUGGAGAGCUUGAACGUUACAGUUUCGGACCAAGGCAUGGACGUUGGGGAGGAAACUCAUGCCGAUCCUCCUGGAGACAACGGGAGCUGGCUUCAGUACAACAGGGGCAACAGAAUUAACAGAAUGAUUAGUAGCCCUGGAGAGGACGCUUUUGGACCAUAUAUUAUUGAGCGACUCUUUGGCUAG